UUGCCUCUCUAAAAACUCAAAAGGCACAUUGUACUUUUAGAAAUUGCUUUUAUUUAGUAUUCUUCGUUUGACUACAGCGGUGUUAUGUUGGUUUGAUUUGCGCUCGCUGUACAAUUUUGUGUGUCAGUUGAACAGUUUUUGUCGAAUAAAUUAAAACUAACGGCGUGUGAGAUAUAAGUACAACGAAGAAUAUGCAUUCUGAAUUGCAAACCAUCUGUGAAGAAUAGAACACAGUUUAUUAUUAUACGUACAUAUAUAAGCUGGAAUAUAAUCGAUUAUUUGGCAUUAGUUUUGUUUUGACAACAACGAAUACCAAUUUAUCAUUUGUGUGAUAUUAUUCAUAUUGCCGGUAAAUACUGUAAAAAAUUAUACCAUAUAACAUAAUUUCCGUUUCUUCCUUAACAAUUUGUAAAGCUGCAUAUACAUUGCUUUUAUAUUGUUAACAUAUGCUGCAUCCGGAAUCAAAAUUUGUUACGAGACUGGGAAAUCGAUUCGUAAAUUAUGGGCGAAAAUCAACUUCUUAGCGAAUCAAACAGUUCCAAAGGACUUAUAGUUAUCACUUCUAACGGAAUCUCUAAUGAUAGCGACGCACAAAGCAAUAGAGUGGCUAUAAAACCAGCGCUAUCCGCGGAACACAUUACAGCGCCCUGUUGUCGAGACAUUCACGGGAAUGAACCCCCAGAUGGCGGUAUGCGAGCGUGGCUAGUUAUGACUAGUGCCUUUAUAUGUAAUGGUGUCAUAUUUGGAAUAAUUAAUACGUAUGGUAUCUUAUAUGCCUUGUUGACGGAUCGGCUUAUCCAGGCGGGCGACAAUGAAGCUUCGAGCAAAGCUGCUUUGGUUGGCUCAUUGACUAUUGGUACCACCUUUUUAUUCUCACCAGUUGCAGGUGUUUUGACAGACAAAAUUGGAUUGCGAUUGACAACACUAAUUGGGGGCUUACUCUCCGCCACAGGUCUACUCCUCUCAUCAUUCUUUACGUUAAACAUCCAAGCUAUGUAUUUGACGUAUGGUGUUAUGUUUGGUUUGGGUGCCGCAUUGGCCUACACUCCAACAUUGGCAAUUUUGGGGCAUUAUUUUAAACGAUAUUUAGGAAAAGUAAGUGGAUUUGUUACAGCCGGUUCCAGUGUAUUCACAGUAAUAUUACCGUCAAGCUUGGACUAUUUGUUAAGAGGUUAUGGUUUGGAAACUAUGUUGCAAGUUAUGAGUUUGGUGUCGUGCUUCAUAAUUGCUUGUUCCUUCGUUUAUAAACCGUUACAUCCUCCGCCUUGUCCGCCAAAAAAAAAGCCGGGCCGUUCACGCAUUAAUAUGAUUAUUCGCUCUAUUAUCAACGUAGACAUCUGGAAACGCAAGAAAUAUGUGAUAUGGGCGCUUUGUGUCCCCAUAGCUUUGUUCGGCUAUUUUGUGCCUUAUGUGCAUAUGAUGAAGUUCGUGCAGAAAACUUUUCCUGGAAAAAGCAAAAAUCUGCCUGUGAUGUGUAUUGGCGUGACAUCCGGCAUUGGCCGAUUGAUAUUCGGAAUUAUUGCCGAUCUGCCGAGAGUUAACCGUAUAUAUUUGCAACAGCUAUCGUUAACGUGCAUUGGUGUAAUAACGUUAUUGUUGCCAUUAACCAGCUCAUAUGCACUACUAAUUGCUUUCACAUUAAUAAUGGGUUUAUUUGAUGGCUGCUUUAUUUCUCUUCUAGGUCCCAUAGCGUAUGAGUUAUGUGGACCUUCUGGUGCAACGCAAGCCAUUGGCUUUAUAUUAGGACUGAGUUCGUUUCCUUUAACAAUGGGACCACCCAUUGCAGGGUGGAUCUAUGAUCAAACCGGCUCAUAUACUUUACCCCUCCUUUUGGCUGGAAUACCGCCCAUAUUGGGCUCAACUAUUAUGUUCCUAAUACGAUGUGUUCGGAAUGACAGUGAUUAUGAAGCGAAUGUGUCAAGCGAACCCAAAGCAGAGAGUGGAAAUAUACAAAACGCUAAUUGGAAAAUUGCCGAGCAAAAUUUCAAUGAGCCGUUGUUGAGAGGAUCUGAGGAAACAAAAUGUGCUGACAGGAGAUGCGCAUUGGCAGACUCCAUUCGCAAAACGAAUUCCUCUGAGUCAGCACCCCAUAUUGAAGUUGAUCGAUGCUAGCCAAGAGAAUACAUAUCAUACAUGUACAUACAUAUCUAUGUAUAAACCAAACGUAACUUAUUGAUUCCUAGUACCUUCAGGGAUUUAUUGAUCUUAUGUGUCGCUAUUGUAGAUACUGUUCCAUCUGUCGAAUUAGAAUCGAUGAAAUACUGUUACGUAUCAGCAGGCAUUAAUUUAAGAUUUUUUUAUUAAAAUACCUAAGGUAUGAAAUAUAUGGAGGAUCUACUUAUGGUACAUAAGUAAGGACCAAUUUCAUUAAUUAUAAUAAUUUUCUAAAUCAGUUAUAAAUUACAAGAGUUAUUUUUUAAUAAUCAUUCAGCUUUAAAUACAAGAACGUAAUUAUAUAGAAACAUUAGAUCUGUCAAUAAGAAAUUGCGAAACCACGAUAAAAUAUUGUCAUUGAAGUAUCUUACUCAUGCCUGUAUGUAUGUAUGCACACAGCUCGAAAACAUACACACACUCAUAUAUACAUACAUACUUAUAUGGCCAUAUUAAUUAUAUGGUAUGUUAAACGACGCCGCCUUACAGAAAAAUGCUUUUGAUAAUAUGGUUAAAAAAAUCUUGCCAAAUUUAUAUAACAGAUGACUUAGCAAUAGGAAUAGUGAAUUUAUUUAAACAAAUAUGUUCUGCCCAUUUUUUUACAUAAACAUUCAUAAAUAAAAAUAAAGUUUUCUAAUUCGAACUUGAAUAUAAGUGUUUUGCAAUAUUACAAAUGUACCUAAGUAUUUACAUAUGUAUGUAUAUUAAAAUUCUAAAGUGAAGUUAAGAAAUAAAUACAAAAAUGUCAUGUGCUGAACACAAUGAACACGACAGUGUACUGAAAAUGGCGUUGUGAAUCCUUCUAUAUGAACAUUUGUGAGAAGGCAGCAACAUAACCAGAGAUAAAGAGAUCCCCAA